AUGGAUCUCGACAUUGAAAUGGACGAUGCCGUCGACACGGUCCAGGACCUACCCGUUCCUGAUCUCGGUCGCGAUGAUAUUCUCCAGCCCGAUGAGCUUGAAGAGCCUGGCGAGGUGGCCGAAGACGAGCCUGUGACAGACGACUCCAAGACCCUCGUUCCAACCAAAAUUCACAUCAAGGGUGUCGACUCUCUACACACAAAUGACAUCAAGGCUUACGUCAAGUCUCACUUUGGCGACGUUGAAAGAGUCGAAUGGAUCGAUGAUUCCUCCGCCAACCUUCUCUUCCCAUCCGAACCCACAGCACGCGAUGCCAUUGUUGCACUAAGCUCUGUCCCAGUAGCAGAUGCUACAGCCCUAGCUGUAGGCGAAACACUACCCGCGAAGCCUUUCGAGUCGAGGCCAGAAAUCUCCCUUCAGGUGCGAUUUGCUAUCUCGAGUGAUAAGAAAGAAGCAGGCGCUGCCUUGCGGAGUCGCUACUACCUCCUUCAUCCUGAGCACGACCCCGAAGAACGACGACGAAAGAAUAACGACAAUCGGUCGAGAUACAGGGAACGCGAUGGUGGAUACCGUGGAGACGGUGGCCGAAGACGACGCGCUUCAGACGACGACGUUGAGACAUUUGAGGCCAGCAUGUACGACGAUGCGCCCCGCCCAGCACGAAGAAGACGUGACUCCGACAUAGAGGAAAGACCACGUUCAUAUGCCCGCGAGAACCAAGGCAAGGAGCUCUUCGUUGGUCGCAGGAAACAGCGCGAUCGAUCUGCGUCUCCCAGACGCGAUGGCGACAGCGACGAUCUGAUGAGCGAAAAAGUAAGCUCGUCUCGAAACAGAUCGAGGGCUCGCGACCUCAGGGAUCGCAUAUCAAGCGGAAAUAAUUCCAAGGAACUAUUCCCUACCAAGAAGUCAAUUAAGCAGUUUGGAGGAGGAAAUCUGGAUACCCUAGAGCAGGCUAUAGGAUCAGCCCGCCUCAAGGAUGAGGAUCGCCCCAAGAUUGUGUCUGUGCCUGGCGCACGAGGAGACAGCAGCUCGUUCAACAUCCGCGGCAUGGCGAAUCAACGAGGAGACGGAGAUGGGUUUGCGAUCAAAGGUGCGGCAGGAGCAAAUGCGCGAGAACUAUUCCCUACCAAGCUGGGUGGAAACAAUGCUGGAAAAGAACUAUUUGGUGGUGGAAGAUCAAAGCAACGCCAGAAGGCCGAGGAUCUCUUCUCUUGA